UUGACCGACCCUCCGGACAAAGCGAUGCAGGACUCGAACUUCGAAAUGGUCAGAGUGCCAGCUCCGCCGGCUACUCUGACUGCCAUACCGCUCACAACAUCUACGGUGCGGCUUCAAUGGUCCCCGGGAUCGACAUCGUUUGCAGCUCUGUCGUUCGCGAUCGAGCGGCCUCACAGGGCAUCGAGGAGAACGAGCGAACAUUCAACGAUCGAAGACGAUCUGAAAUACUUCACAAACACAACGAUCUGCGUUCGGGAGAGACGGAGAGAUACAGAGCACCUCUUGGUUCUAGAGUCUGAAGCGACGUGUCUCAGUAACGUUCGCGGUCUUCCACCGAGGCCGAUGAAACCAUUGUACGUGGCAUUCGUCGAGUUAGUCGCGCUCAGUCUAGUCGUGUCAGCUAUCGCUUGUAUAUUUGUACAUUUCGGGUUGGAAUACCUGAAGAAAUCCCUGAGUGAUUCCGAUCGCAGAGACGAUGGAGAGGAGCGUCCCUUCGACGAUUGUCUCAAAACCUGGUUGCGGGAAGACGAAGAAGACAAGGAGCCUGAUGAGAGGUCGCGCAUCAUCUGCGCAAACAGAGCUACCUCCGUCUAAGCUCUCAGCUCUUCGAUUCCUCUCGAAGAGCAAAGUAAUUCGGACACCUGUAGCACGCAGGAGGCACAAGCGGAAAUCUGAGGAGAUAGUGGUCUCCUCGUUAAAUGAUCUCGACACCGAAUUAACGGAUGCAAUUAGACGAGUGGAAUUACUAUAUAUAGAUAUGUAUAGAAUCACGGUUUUGGAACACGAGAUUUUAGUUCCUGGAAACACUGGGACAGUGUUCGCUCAAAACGAUGAGCUCCUCGCGGAGGUGUACAUUCCCCUCGUUGCGAUAUCC